UCCACAGAUGUAAUCAUCCACCAUGACUGGAUACACGUCGGGUCACGUCCUUCCUUGAUAAACACUGGGUGCUGGCACCCCAUUUGGAGCUGGACUCUUGUGUCACCAGUAAUACUAUGAUAUCCUGAACUGAAACCCCGAGAUCCGACCCAGCGUCUCUCUACAAAACCUGGACCAGAGCCAUAAAACCUCGAUCCAUCUCUUCACUUCCAUAUCAGCAACCAUGGCGCCCCAGAUAUUCUCCCAAACCAUACAGGCAACAAUCCUCAGCGCAACCUCCAAUAUCCUCGCGCAAGCCCUCUCCGCAUACCGCACAAACCAAACCCUCCACCUCAACCCCACCCCAAUCCUCAAAUUCGCCCUCUACACCUUCCUCAACACGCCCCCAAACUGCCUCUGGCAAGCCUACCUCGAAGACACCUUCCCCACCCAGCCUCUCGCACCACCACCUCCAAAAGCUACCGAGAAACCGCCUCCACCACCGCCCAAGACCCAGCCGAUUAGCCUCGCCAAUGUAGCCAAGAAGCUAGCGCUCGACCAAACCGUCAGCGCAGCCGUGAACACGGUGCUCUUCCUCGCGUUCAUGGGCUACCUCAACGCGAGUGGGGAAGCGGCUGUGGAGAGCGCGUCGGCUGAGGUGCGAAAUAAGUUCUGGCCGCUUUUGUUGGAUGGGUAUAAGCUGUGGCCGCUGUUCUCGGUGGUGAGCUUCAUGUGGAUUCCUGUUGAGAAGCGGGUGGUGGUGGGGAGUUUGGUAGGGGUGUUGUGGGGGAUUUAUUUGAGCUUGCUUGCGGAGGCGUGAGUAUGAUGCAGAGCGGGAUGAUGGGAAGUAUAGGGGAUGAUCGUGGUUUGCUUCUGAAGGGUUUGAGGGCAUGGUCAUCUUGAAGCAUGAGUUAUGGAUUAUGAUGAGUAUUAGAGGGAGUUUGUGGCUUGCGGGUUGAUUGAGAAUUUCCAUGCCUUCUUACAGCGACUACUGAUUGCUGAAUACCCAGUAGACUACUUCAAGGUUUAAAAGGGCAGUAUCACAUGAACAGGCGAGACAGAGCCAUCCAAAACACUUUCUUCUUUUUCACGUCUUUCAACUCGUCUUCUCACUAAUGAGUACUCAUAUCAAUCUCUCAAAAUAUGACUUAUCAAAUUCAGUACGCGGAAGCUUGUCAAAAACCACGGACAACAACCUCUCGAGCAUCAUCUCACCAAAAG